AUGACAUCAGAUGUAAGUGGAAGAGCUGUGGUUGUGAAUAUACCUGAUAAUGCUGUUAGAACUUUAACAGUUGAAGAUAUUUAUGAUAAAGAUAAAUAUGAUUUAUCAAAAAUGGAAGAAGGAGACGUUUUUAAAAUGCUUAAUGCAACACGUGAAGGUUUAACAGAUGAAGAAGUCAAUGAACGUCUUUUAAAAUUUGGACAUAAUCGACUUGAACAAAAAGAAAAAAGUCGUAUUUUACAAUUUCUUCUAUUUAUGUGGAAUCCAUUAUCAUGGGUAAUGGAAGCAGCAGCUAUUGUUGCUAUUGCUGUAUCAAAUGGUGGUGGAUUACCUCCUGAUUGGGAAGAUUUUCUUGGAAUUGUUCUUCUUCUUCUUGCUAAUUCAAUAAUUGGUUUUAUUGAGCAACAAAAUGCUGGAAAUGCUGUUAAAACACUUAUGGCAUCAUUAGCACCGGAAGCGAAAGUUAAACGUAAUGGGGAAUGGAAAGUUAUUGCAGCAAGUGAACUUGUUCCAGGUGAUGUUAUUAGUAUUAAACUAGGUGAUAUUGUACCUGCUGAUGGAAGAGUUAUUGCUGCACAUGGAGCAGUUUCAAUGGAUCAAGCAGCAUUAACUGGUGAAUCUCUACCUGUUAGUAAAUCAGUUGGCGAUGAACUUUUCUCUGGUGCGCUGUGUAAACAAGGCGAAGCAGAAGUGAUUGUUACUGGAACAGGUGAACAUUCAUUUAUGGGUGUGACAGUUAAAUUAGUUCACUCUGCUCAGAAUGAUAUGGGUCAUUUACAAUUAAUUCUUUCUAAAAUUGGUAAUUUUUGUAUUGUUGGAAUUGUUAUUUUUAUAGUUGCUGAAAUCUUAGUGAUGUAUGCUGGUUUUCGUUAUAAUUAUCGACGUGGUAUAAAUAACAUCUUAGUACUUUUAAUUGGUGGUAUUCCUAUAGCAAUGCCAACGGUCUUAUCAGUAACAUUAGCUAUUGGUGCUAAACAAUUAUCUAAACAUAAAGCUAUUGUUACACAUAUAACUGCUAUAGAAGAACUUGCUGCUGUUACGAUUUUAUGUUCAGAUAAAACAGGAACAUUAACAUUAAAUAAACUUGUCAUUGAUAAAUCAAUUGUGAAAAAAUAUUCUGAUACUGACAAUAAUCAAAUUAUUCACUAUGCAGCAAUUGCAUCACGCAUGGAAAAUCAAGAUGCCAUUGAUGCUUGUAUAACAUCAACAUAUGGUGAUAUGAAAAAAAUACGUGAGGGUAUCGAAGAAUUAGAUUUUAAACCAUUUAAUCCAACAGAUAAACGUACAGAAAUAACAUACAGAACAAUAAAUGAUGGAAAGUUACAUCGUAUAACAAAAGGAAUGUCACAUACAAUCUUAGAUUUAUGUACACGAGAUAAAACAACUGAACAAAUCAAACAAUUAAAUGAUGAUGUCAAUGAAUUUGCACGACGAGGUUUACGCGCAUUAGCUGUUGCAAUUGAAGAUGUUCCAAAUGGAGAGAUCGAUUGUAAAGGAAAUGGUUUUAAAUUAAUUGGUCUUUUACCAAUUUUUGAUCCACCACGUGAAGAUACAAAAGAAACAAUUGAUCGAGCUCUUAAACUUGGUGUUAAAGUUAAAAUGAUAACUGGUGACCAAUUAGCAAUUGCGAAAGAAACUGGUCGACGUCUUGGUAUGGGUGAUAAAAUGUUUUUAUCUAGAACACUUAAAGAUGGUCCACCAAUUGAUUCAUCUUAUCAUGAUACUGAAGAUUUAAUAUUACAUGCUGAUGGUUUUGCUGGAGUUUAUCCUGAACAUAAAUAUGAAAUUGUUGAAAGAUUACAAAAGAUGGGUCAUAUGAUUGCUAUGACAGGAGAUGGAGUUAAUGAUGCACCUGCUUUGAAAAAAGCAAAUGUUGGUAUUGCUGUUGCUGACGCAUCUGAUGCAGCACGUUCAGCUGCUGAUAUUGUUUUACUUGAACCGGGCUUAUCUGUUAUUAUUGAAGCGAUUCUUGGUUCAAGACAAAUCUUUCAACGAAUGAGAAAUUAUGCUAUUUAUACAUGUUCAGUUACAAUUCGUAUCUUAGUUGGAUUUUCUGUACUUAUAUUUGCUUUUCAAUUUGAUUUUCCAUCAUUUAUGGUACUUAUACUUGCUAUACUAAAUGAUGGUACAAUAAUGACAAUAUCAAAAGAUCGUGUUGAACCAUCACCUUAUCCAAAUAGUUGGAAUUUAUUUGAAGUAUUUACCUAUGCAAUUGUUUAUGGAAUAUAUUUAUCAAUAUCGACAGUUGCUUUUUUUGCUGUGAUUAUUAAAACAACAUUUUUUCAAGAUAAAUUUGGUGUACAAACAUUUGAAUAUCGUCCAUUAACAGAUCGCAAUCCCGAAUGGAAUGAUCCAAUAUUACAUUCAAUUAUUUAUUUACAAGUGUCUACAAUCAGUCAAGCAUUGAUAUUUGUUACACGUUCACGUGGAUUCUUUUUUACUGAACGUCCAUCAAUAAUUUUAGUUUGUGCUUUUAUUAUAGCACAACUUGUUGCGACAUUUAUUGCUGUUUAUGCUAAUUGGGGUUUUACAGAUAUUCAAGGUUGUGGUUGGUCAUGGGCUGGUAUUGUUUGGAUAUGGAAUAUUAUUUGGUUUUUUCCACUUGAUUUGAUUAAAUUUGCACUUCGUGCUUAUUUUGAUCCAAAACAUGAACAAAUUGUUGAAGAAGUUUUAACAUCCAAACCAUCAACAGAUGCACAACGUCAGCGUCGUCAAAGUAUUACGGCUGACAAUGCUGUUCCCGAUGGUCCACCAUCACGAAGUGGAACUGUAACUAAUACUCAAAGUUUACAACAACAACGAAGAAGAUCAACAAUUUCUGAUUUAACAGCUAAAUAUUACGCACCAGUUAUAGAUCAUUUAUCAACAUCACAACGUCGAGGUUUCGCCGGUCCUGCAUCAAAUAAAGUUGAACCAACAUUUGUUGCUGCUCCUAAUGAACUUAGACGUUUUUCAAUUGUGCAGACUCAGCAAGUUUCAGCAGUGCUCAACGCUGGUGGUGAAGGUGUUAAUAAUCGGAUGAAUGCUUCUUAA